CUGGGGGCGAUGGGUGGGGCAGUAGGUGGCCGGAGCCCGAGGACGCCUGAAGGGGAGGACGAGGCGACGAGGGUGCUGGAGAGGGAGUGGCAGAUGGGGUGGGAGCAGGAGAGGGACGAGGACGAGAGGGGGGUGCCUGGGCUGGUGGGAAUGGCUGGGGAGCAGUUGCCUGGUAGUGGCAGUGGCAGUGGCAGGGAGUAUUCCCCCCCCGGUAGCAGUGGGGGGUACUCGCCUGCGGGAGGGAGGAGGGGGUCGCCUGGGGACGACAGGGAGCAGGCGGUUGCCACCCAGAAACGAACCUUUCUCUCUCAUUUGCAGCAGCAGCAGCAGAAUAACCUCCAGCAACAGCAGCAGCAUCAGCAGCUGAGUGCCUCUUUCACGGCUCAAGAUGCUGCGAUGGUGCAAAAGGGGCUGCUCAUCCAGCAACGCCUGGAUGCACUGGAGCAGCAGCAGCAGCAGCAGCAGCAGCAUAAUCACCUGCACCACCACCACCACCAACCCCAGCACCUCCAGCCGCAGCAGCAGCAGGGGUUAGCGGGUCCCGAGGCAACAGUCGAGGGGCGGCGGGGGUGGGUGGGGCCGAAGAGGCACACGGUGGGGAUGGAUGCAGUCUUCCGCGCGUUCAUCCUGGGGCAGCCGUACCAAGACAUUGGGGAGCAGUUUGAUGUUCGAAGGGACGAGGUGGUGGCCAUGGGGGAGUUCAGCGUGGUCAGGGUGUGCCGGGAGGGGACGACGGGGCUCAUGCUGGCGUGCAAGUCGAUCGAGAAGGACACCAUUAAUUCAGCGGAGGAGGCACGGGAUCUGAGGAGGGAGGUGGAGAUGAUGGAGCGCGUGGCGGGGCACAGCAAUGUCAUUCGCCUGCACGCCGUAUUCGAGGACCACCAGAACAUCCAUCUGGUGAUGGAGCUCUGUCGCGGGGGAGGCCUUUUUGACUAUAUGCGCACCAACGGCCCGCUCACGGAGCGGGCGGCGGCGUCCGUCUGCUUCCAGCUGCUGUCGGCGCUAGACCACUGCCACGAGUGUGGCGUGCUGCACCGCGAUGUGAAGCCCGAGAACGUGCUCCUCGCGAGGGGUGAAGGGGACUUUGGUAGCAUCAAGCUCAUCGAUUUCGGGAUUGCGUCCGAGCACCAGCCAGGCGUCCGCAGUAGCACCCUGUGCGGCACUCCUCUCUAUCUCGCCCCAGAGACCCUCGAUGGGGUAUGGUCGCCACAGGCUGACGUGUGGGCAGCCGGCGUUGUCUCAUAUGCCGCCCUGUGCGGCGUGCCGCCCUUCUGGGCAGAAACCAAUGAGGGCAUCUUCCGAGCCAUCCGCUCGGAGCCUCUUCGUUUUGCCUCGGCAGCCUGGCUCGGUGUGUCCGAAGCUGCCAAGGAUCUGGUUCGGUCCAUGCUGGAUAAGAACCCACACCGGCGAAUCACAGCACUGCAAGCCCUAGGACAUAGAUGGUUCCAGGAGGUGUAGGCUACAACAGCAUGAACGAAAGAGGUAGUGUUAAACUGGUUUAUAGCCUUAGGCUGUAGCAAUGUUAAUUAGGUAGGUCUAAAAACCAGUCUAUUCAGAAACGACACAGAACUAAAUUAUAGAAAGUCCG